GUUGGGUCAGACGAUCCGGGUUAAAAUACAGUGGAAGUGGAUGGACAUGGUUAUGAGAUUGGCGGAAUGAGGUUGGAGAAUUGAUCGCGAGUGCGGAACCAAACUCCAAAACCAAAACCAAAACGCACGAAUUGGGUUGGGACCAUUCACCUUCUUCUUCUUCCGUCUCCGAUCGAUUCACGGAACUAUCUAUCUGAAUCGCGGGUUAAGAUAUGCAACAGAGGCUGAAGUUGCAGCAACAACAAGCCCUCAUGCAGCAAGCCUUGCUUCAGCAGCAGCAGAUGUACCACCCUGGCAUGCUCGCGGCUGCCAUGUCUCAGAUGGAGCCUGUUCCAAGUGGAAAUUUGCCUCCUGGUUUUGAUACUUCUGCAUGCCGUAGUGUUUAUGUAGGAAAUAUUCAUGUAAAUGUCACUGAUAAACUUCUCGCAGAAGUUUUUCAGAGUGCUGGUCCUCUUGCUGGCUGCAAGCUCAUACGAAAAGAAAAGUCCUCUUAUGGUUUUGUGGACUACCAUGAUCGAGCAUCUGCGGCCCUUGCAAUAAUGACAUUGCACGGACGACAACUAUAUGGUCAAGCACUUAAGGUGAAUUGGGCAUAUGCAAAUAGCAGUAGGGAGGACACAUCAGGGCACUUCAAUAUAUUUGUCGGUGAUUUGAGUCCAGAGGUUACUGAUGCAACUUUAUUUGCUUGCUUCUCAGUCUAUCCUAGUUGUUCUGAUGCGAGGGUUAUGUGGGAUCAUAAAACUGGUCGGUCAAAAGGAUAUGGUUUUGUUUCUUUCCGUGAUCAUCAGGAUGCCCAAAGUGCCAUAAAUGAUAUGACAGGCAAGUGGCUGGGAAAUAGGCAAAUACGAUGCAACUGGGCAACUAAGGGUGCUGGUACCAGCUCCAAUGAAGAGAAGAGCAAUGAAAACCAAAAUGCUGUUGUGCUAACAAAUGGAUCUUCAGAUGGUGGUCAAGAUAAUAAUAAUAAUGAAGAUGCUCCCGAAAACAAUUCUUUAUACACCACUGUUUAUGUUGGCAACCUUCCUCAUGAUGUAACACAAGCUGAACUCCAUUGCCAAUUCCAUGCACUGGGGGCUGGGGUAAUUGAGGAGGUUCGAGUUCAAAGGGAUAAGGGUUUUGGAUUUGUUAGAUACAACACUCACGAGGAAGCUGCGUUGGCCAUUCAGGUGGCUAAUGGAAGAAUAAUCCGUGGGAAGAGUAUGAAGUGUUCGUGGGGUAGUAAACCAACUCCUCCUGGAACAGCAUCGAAUCCACUACCUCCUCCUGCUCAACCAUAUCAAAUACUUCCGACAGCAGCAGGGAUGAACCAAGGUUAUUCUCCUGCUGAGUUGUUGGCUUAUCAGCGCCAACUGGCCUUGAGUCAGGCUGCUGUGUCUGGUCUUUCAGGUCAAGCUCUUCUACAAAUGACCGGACAACACGGCCUAGCUCCGGCUUCAAUGGGCGUAAACUCUGCGGGAUCUCAAGCCAUGUAUGAUGGAUAUACCGGUAAUUCAUCAAGACAGCAGCUUAUGUACUAUCGUUGAUGCCUGGGCUUGUGCAGAUUCACAGUUGCUUUACUAUCUUCUGGGGGACUUUCAUCUCUUUGCUUCCCCACACCAUGUCCUUUUCAUACUCGGCUUUUUCUAUUGGAGGUAUUGUGGCUUGAUAUUUACUUAGUUUUUACGUCGUGUUGUAAUUUGUAUUGUUUGAUCUAACGAGGAUUUUAUGACUCAGAAAAAGGGAUCUAUGUUUUGCUAGAAAGAGAAGCGAAUUUUAUGUUUGGGUAGUUUUCAUUUGUUAUUGUGUAUUAUAAGUAUCGACUCAAGAUCAUGUUAAUAAUUUUAUGCCUUUUCUUUUCUUUUCU